UCAUAUUUUCAUCUUUAAUCAUUCAUUCAUCAUUUUGCACUCAAAUCAGCCAACCCAUUCUUAAUUUAAACAUAAGAAACAGCAUUUGCAUGUCAAUUCUGUAUUUAGUUAGUAACAUCAUUUCCAUUCUCCUGCUCUUAUGUUAUUGCCUUUAAUAUGUUUGCUUAUUUGCCUAACCCUCCUGCUUACUCUUAUUCUAAUUUGAUCAUAGCCUCUAUUUAAUUCUUCUACUCUCCUCUGCCGUUAAAGAAAGUCCAAUUGCGAGGACUCACAUAACCAAGAAACUGGAAUCACAAGCGUUGCUGCCUCUGUAGCCGAUACAGAAUCAUCCGUCUCAGAUUUUAUUGAAGAAUCUGAAACUAGGCAGGCUUCUGCUGCUAUUGGAAAUAGUGAUGAAACUGAUUCUGAUAAGCCCACUGGUGGAAAGUCUUCAACCUCCAAAGCAGGCGGUUUGGAAGUACACAGAAAUGAAGACUUUGAGACAUGGCAGAGAAUAAUUUGACUGGAUGCUGUUAGGACCAAUGGAGAAUGGAUCGUUUACUCUCCAACCCAGGCUUCUAUGUCCAAGGACAGGGCACACAGUCUAGCAGGAGCAGUGGGGUCGAAGGACUAUCAGCACCUGGAACCCUGUGCAGUGCCUAGUUGCAAUACUUGAAGCCUAAGCACUCUUUGAUGACAGAGAUUGCGUAUUGUCAGGGAAUGAAGGACCUUUUGUCGUCUAUAGCUGCCAUUGUAGAAGAUGAUUAUGAGCAUUUUGGUGGUUUGUGGGAUUCAUGAAGAAAGCCAGGCACAACUUCAAGCUUGACGAAGUUGGAAUCAGAAGGCAUUUAAACACUGUUGUGAAGAUUAUUAAGUUCAAAGACUCCCAUCUCUAGUAGUGAAGAUGCAGGCUGAAGACUGCUUCUUUGUCUACAGGAUGGUGGUAGACGACAGCUUACAUUUGAGCAAACAUUAUGUCUGUGGGAGGUGAUGUAGAAACCCAUUUCUGAAUCGAACUUCUAAGCUCCAUCUCUGACUCAGACUACUUAAAACCCUAAAAUCAAUAUAUACUGAUUGACCCUACAAUCCCUAGAGAGAUAAAGUGCAUCAAGACCCCCAGAAGGAUGAAAGGGAGACAGGUUUUAGGCUUCAACUACGAAAAGGAGGAAAUAUGAGGAGGAACCCAUGAUUGAUUGCAUCUUAAACCGUGUAGUUGAUAACUUGUGCUUUCGUCGGAGAGAACUAGGACGGAACUUGGAGUUGCAGUAUUGAGUUGAUAAUUGUUACAGAAAAUUCGCACAACACAAUAAACCGGCCCUGGCGACGAGUUGAUACAGGGAAACAAGUCUUGGACUUGAAAUGGAACAAGAAGAUGAUUUCCUGGCCUAAUUUUUCCUGUUGUUGUCUCCAGGAUAACUGUUGGACUGAUGCCGCCACCUCUGCUCCGGAUAAAACGCCUGGUUCAGUGCUUCCGGGCAGUGGUGUGCCUGGUGGCCAGGUUGGAUCUCAUUCAAGGGUGUAUCCACCUGGAACUCAUUCACUGGAUUAUCAUUCAAGGGGGUUUUCAGGAUCUGAAAGUAUGGGUGCGAGCCACAGAAUGGUUCCAAAAAAGGAGAUUUUGUUUGGGAUGUUAUGCCGUCUUAACGAAGUUGGCAGUUUGAUAGGGAAGGGUGGAUCGAUAAUACGAUCUCUACAAAGUGGCAUUGGUGCUUCCAUCGAGAUUGCGGAUGCAGAACCUGAUUCAGAUGAGAGAGUUGUCCUUAUAUCUGCAAGAGAGAAUUCAGAACAGAGACAUUCUUCUACACAGGAUGCUGUUAUUUGGGUGCAGUCUAGAAUUGCAGAGAUUGGAUUUGAAGCUGCUGCUGCAAUUAUUGCGAGACUUUUGGUACCCUCACAACAGAUAUGCUGUCUGUUGGGUAAAGGUGGUAGUAUUAUUAUUGAAAUGAGAAGGCUCACAGGUGCCUGCCAGUAUAUGUAUUUUUACAAAGGAGCAGGUUCCAAAAUGUGACGGCCAAAACGAUGAAAUUAUGAAGGUUAUCUGGAGCUUGCAAUCUGUUCAAGAUGCUUUAUUUCAAAUUACUAGUAGGCUUCAGGAGACUAACAGAGGCAGUGGGGUUGAGGGACUCUAUGACCACCUGGAACUCUGUAGAGUCUUUCAUGCAGCG